GGCACCACGCCGCCAUCUUUGUUAGGGGCACGGGGUCUGGCGUUUGGAGAUGCCGAAGUCGUGCGCAGCCCGCCAGUGCUGCAACCGCUACAGCAGCCGCAGGAAGCAGCUCACCUUCCACCGGUUCCCGUUCAGCCGCCCGGAGCUGCUCAAGGAAUGGGUGCUGAACAUGGGCCGGGGCGACUUCGAGCCCAAGCAGCACACGGUCAUCUGCUCCGAGCACUUCCGCCCCGAGUGCUUCAGCGCCUUCGGGAACCGCAAAAACCUGAAGCAGAAUGCGGUGCCCACGGUGUUCGCCUUUCAGGACGCUGCGCAGCUGGUGAGGGAGAACACGGACCCGGCCGCUGGGGGUGCGGACGCGGACCUGGAGAAGGAAGAGGUGGCCUCGGAGGCGGGGCCCGAGGCGUGUGGCCUGGGGAGGAAGACGGACGCCGCCCUCGAAGCGCUGCCCCCGAACGCCAGCGGCCCCGCAGAACAGGUGAGGUGCGGGCCAGGCGCGGGCGCAGCGUGCGGUUGCUCAGGCUCCGCACGGGGUGGGAAGGGGGUCCCUUCAAACAGAGUGAUGCCAUCUGGUGCCCGGGCUGCGAGCAGCACUGACUCAGACCUUCCGGGUAGAGCGGGCGGGUGCGGGCGCCAGGGGCGCUGCGGGCGGCGAGGGCCGGGCGGCCCAGCUAGUCUGCCGGCCAGCCCCACACAGCCGUCCGAUCACAGCUACGCCCUUUUGGACUUAGACACCCUGAAAAAAAAACUCUUUCUGACUCUGAAGGAGAACGAGAGGCUCCGAAAACGCGUGAAGGCGCAGAGGCUGGCGAUCCAGAGGAUGUCCGGCCGCCUCCGGGCCCCCCGAGCGGCCCAGCGGGGACCCCAGGCCAGACCUCGGCCAGAGCAGCAGAGCUGAGCCGCACGGCCAGGCUCUCCGGGAGGCAGGACGGUGGCUCUGCGGCGCUGGCGGGGACCCUGUGGUCCUGCCGCUGACUCGAGAAGGGGCGGUGAGGUGUGCCGGGCCAAGCCCACGGUGUGGAGCCCAGGCCGCCUCAGGGGAAGCUGAGCAGCAUCAGGCCAGGAUAGGGCAGGACCAGGAGUGAGACCAGCUCGGUCCUCCCAGAGGCGACUGUCCUUUCAACAAAAGCUGGGUGGGGGGCUUCAGGGCCACUGCUCGAGGUGGCCUGAGCCCGGGUGGCUGAGGCACCCCGGUGGGGAGGAAGGACUCUUCCUGGAGGGGCUGCUGGGCUGCCCUCGGCCGCCUGGAUGGACGGACGGUGGCCGAGUGGCCGGGACCCGCCCCUGAUCUCCGGCGCGCCCCCUUCCCUGGCCUGGUUUGAGCGGACGACAUCAUAAAGCGUCUCCCUCCACCACCGGUUUUCCUUCAUCUGAAAACCAGCGCAGGAGCUGUUCAAGACGUUGCCCUCCAGUUUGCUUUUACAAAAGCCCGCGGGACCUGCUUCCGCCAGCCUAGAGAGACCCGAAGAGGAUUCUCACUCUUAUGAGAAAAGGUGACGAGCAGAGAGCGAUCAGGGCUCGCUGUGCAGCGGGCACUGCCAGGCCCUCCCCGCAGCCGCCCAGCACCCAGCGGUGUGCGAGCCUCUGCUUCGGUCGGUUUCAUGCGUCCGUCAGGAAGCU